AUGUCUUACAAAGCUCUUAAGCACCGUUCAGCAACAAUGGAUGUUUUAAUUGUGAUGGCUACGACAAUUGCAUAUUGCUACUCGGUUACUGUAAUUAUCGUUGCUGCGAUAUUACGACCAGAUAGCAGUCCACUCACUUUCUUCGAAACGACACCGAUGUUGGUUACCUUUAUAUCGCUAGGUCGUUGGCUCGAGCAUAGAGCAAAGCGCAAGACCUCAGAAGCUCUUAGUAAACUACAAUCUAUGCAACCAACUGAUGCAAUUUUGGUUGAACUGGAUUUUGAUAACCAAGUCAUCAAAGAAGAGAAUAUCUCGGUUAACUACAUUCAUCAAGGUGAUAAUUUAAAAGUACUACCCGGAGCUAGAAUCCCAACGGACGGUUAUAUUUUAGCAGGGUCAUCUAUGAUUGAUGAAUCUUUAAUUACUGGAGAAUUCAUGUCCGUAUCUAAAAGUAAAGGAGAUAUGGCCCCAGUGCAAUUGUUAGCAGAUCGAAUAGCCGGCUAUUUUGUUCCUGGAAUCAUGUUACUAUCUCUAAUAACAUUAAUUACUUGGAUUUGUAUUGGAUUUGGGAACGUGGCCAUUAUAAAUCCAGAUAUUGGCAUCAAUGAAUAUAAUAAAACAGAAAUCGUUGUGGAGUUUGCAUUCUUAUGUUCUAUAAGUGUACUUGCGAUAGCUUGUCCGUGUGCCCUUGGUCUAGCUACACCUACAGCAGUCAUGGUGGGAACUGGUGUAGGUGCACAAUUAGGGGUGCUUAUCAAAGGUGGAUUGCCAUUGGAGAUCGCUCAUAAGGUUUCUGUAGUAAUGUUUGAUAAAACAGGUACGUUGACUCAGGGCAAGCCAAAAGUUAAAGAAGUUUUACUGGCUGAUGAAUCUUUAGUCGACUUUAACCGAUUAGUUGCACUGGCAUCAGCUGCUGAAAGCAAUAGUGAGCAUCCCUUAGGAACCGCUAUUGUACAAUAUGCAAGACAGAAAAUUAAUAUAUCCUAUUUGGGAAAGACCAGUCAAUUUGAGUCAGCGACCGGAUUUGGCAUACGGUGCUCCGUUGCCGAACCAAAAAAUGUUAAAGCAGAUCUAUAUCAGAGCGAGACUUCAAGCAAAUUACGAGAUGUGGUAAUUGGUAAUAGGCACUGGCUCCAUGCACAUAACAUUAGUCUAGACUCAAUUUUUAAUGAGAAAGUUUGUUGGCGUGAAAGUAAAGGAAUGAGCGUUGUUUUAGCUGCAGUUGACGGUCAAUUGGCUGGUGCCUUUGCAAUAACUGAUACGAUAAAGGAUGAUGCAAAGACGGCAAUACGUAGUCUCCGCCAGAUGAAUAUAACUGUAGUUAUGGUAACUGGAGACAAUAAAAGAACAGCUGAUGCCAUUGCCGAAGAGAUCGAUAUCGACGCAGUUUAUGCCAACGUAAAGCCUUCCGAUAAGAUUGCAAAAGUAAAAUCAUUACAAGAUAGAAAUAAUACGGUCGCCAUGGUAGGUGAUGGUAUCAAUGAUUCGCCUGCAUUAGCUCAAGCGGAUGUUGGAAUUGCCAUUGGUAGCGGUACGGAUGUAGCCAUAGAAGCCGCUGAUAUUGUUCUAGUUAAGGAUAAUUUGAUGGAUGUUGUUACUGCAAUUGAUUUAUCCCGAACAACAUUGAAAAGAAUAAGGUGGAACUAUUUUUUCGCAGUUAUUUAUAAUAUCAUCUGUAUACCGACGGCAGCAGGUGUUUUCAAACCACUUGGAUUUGUCAUUCAUCCGUGGAUGGCUAGUGCCGCUAUGGCAGCAUCUUCAGUUUCGGUUGUUUUGUCGUCAUUGUUACUAAGAAGGUAUAAAAGGCCAGUCGAUAGAACAAAGUUCUCUAAAAAAUGGGAUUCAAGUACUCACUAUCGUUACUCGAAGUUGCUCAAAGCCAGUAAUAGAAAUGCUACCAACUAUGGCAGUGACUUGUCAGAUAACGAUGAUGACCAAUCGACAGCACCAACGAAACAAUUAUUAAAGUUGGUUUUAAUAACCAGAUAUAUUUACUAUCAAGCAUUGCCUUUAUAUGGAACCGAUAAUAUUUUGUUUGGAUAUAUUAAUAAGAUUAAGAGGGUCAAAUGUUAA